UAAAUACUUUCUUUACUCUUCGAAAAUCCCCUGCUAAUCUUAGAGUUUUCUGCAACUCUCGAGCGGCUCUGCGUUUCCAAAUCUUCAAAAGAAAUCAUGGGUCACUCCAACGUUUGGAACUCUCACCCUAAGAACUACGGGCCUGGUUCUCGUACCUGCCGUGUUUGUGGAAAUCCCCAUGGGCUUAUCAGGAAAUAUGGGCUCAUGUGCUGCAGACAGUGCUUCCGUAGCAAUGCCAAAGAAAUUGGCUUCAUCAAGUACCGCUGAAGGGUAACCUCUUGUUCUACAAUAGCAGAGAACAAGUAUGGAGUAAUGGUUUCUGUUUGAAUUGAAGUCUAAGGAAACUUUUUGUUUAGAUGAUGUAUUGAACUCGAAUUGAUGUUGGACAAAACAUAUGUGGAAUGCAGCGAGAAUAUUUUGGAAUCACUCCUUUAAGGAUGAUUCUUUUUCUGAUUCUA